AUGCCAAGUUCCCUACCCCCAAGCCCUCUUGGACCGAGUGAAAGCAGCACAUCACCCAAAUCACAGCGUGAUAUCUCCCCCGAAAACCCAGUGCCAUAUGUGUUCCUCGUAUUAUACGACUGUUGGAAUGGAGACAAAUAUGGUGGAGGAGAGACGAUUUCAGGCGCCUAUAGCUCCCUGGAAAAGGCCAACAAAGCUGCACUGGAAAUAUUCAGAGAAAAUCAUCCGGAAUACUUCGAGAUUGAGGAGGACAUGUCUAAUUGGUACUACAAAAACUCCAAGGGGAGUAUUGAAAUUGAAGGCGAAGAAGAUACGGUUGCGUGGGAUGUGAAUAGCAACGGAGAGGUUUCAGUAAAAGCGCAGGGCACUGACGAAUUCGGGGAACAUUAUUCUAUUCGUGUAGAGGCUAAGAAGCUUCAAUGA